AUGAUUGUGUUAAUAUUAAUUGCUUUAACUGUAUUUUUUUACCUAACAUACCGCGUAAUAAAUAAAAAAAUAUGUUACUGGGAGAAAUUAAAAAUACCGUAUGCGAAACCAAUUCCUAUUCUAAGCAAUUAUGGCGAAUACUUGCUUAUGAGAAGAUCUAUGCCAGAAGUUGCUCAAAUAUUAUGUCGUAAAUUCCCCACGGUGCCAUACUUUGGCGUUUUUUAUGGAACUGAACCUACGCUUAUAGUACAAGACCCGGAGUUGAUCAAACGCAUUGUAACCAAGGACUUUUAUUACUGCAAUGGCAGAGAAACAUCUGCGUACACUAACAAGGAAGUUAUCACCCAAAGUUUGUUCUUCGCUCACGGCAACAGAUGGAAGGUGUUACGACAAAACUUAACACCAAUUUUCUCAACAUCAAAAAUGAAGAAUAUGUUCUAUUUGAUUGAAAAAUGUUGUCAUGCGUUAGAGAGCAUGCUUGAUUACGAGUUCAGCAGGAGCCAAGUCUUUGGAGUUAGGGCGCUGAUGUCAAGGUUUACAAUGGACAGCAUAGGUACGUGUGCCUUUGGUGUAAACACGAAAACCAUGGAUAAUAAUUAUACUGAUAAUAUCUUCACUUAUAUUGGAAAUAUCCUAUUUAAGGAUACUUAUUAUAGGGGUUUCAAAAUGUACGCUAGAAAUAUUUGGCCAGCUAUAUUCUAUGGGCUUGGAAUGAAGAGUUUUCCUACAGAAACUGAUAUUUUUUUCCACAAGCUGUUGGUAAAAGUGUUUUCUGAAAGAAAGUAUAAACCAACAGGAAGAAAUGACUUUGUUGACCUUAUUCUUAAUUUUAAGAAGAAUAAAUACCUCACUAGUGAUAAAACGAUGAAUAUAACAGAUAAAGAUUCAAAUUUAGAAGUAAAUGAUGAAUUUCUUGUUGGCUUGUCUAUGGGUCUCUUUGCGGCUGGCUUCGAAACAUCAUCUACUAUACUGCAAUAUACACUCUAUGAGCUUGCAAAGAGUCCAGAAGUACAAGAGAAAGUACUUACCGAAAUUGAUGAAUAUUUGAACAGAUACGAAAACAAAUUGAACUACGAGUGUGUUACAGAAUUACCGUAUGUCCAGGCUUGUAUCGACGAGGCCAUGCGACUUUAUCCAGUGCUUGGUGUUCUAACACGUGAGGUAAUGGAGGAGUAUACUCUCCCUUGUGGCGCGGUGCUGAAUAAAGGAUUGCGCAUUCAUAUCCCAGUGUACCAUCUACACCGACAUCCCGACCAUUUCCCUGAACCUGAAGAGUUUCGUCCAGACAGAUUCUAUAGGGAGAAAAAUAACAUUAAACCGUAUACUUAUAUGCCAUUUGGUGAAGGGCCUCGACGUUGUAUAGGUAUGCGUUUCGCGAAGAUGCAGAUGAUGGCAGGAAUUAUAACAAUCUUCAAGAAAUACCGCGUAGAUUUGGCUGAAGGCACACCACGUAAGCUACGAUUUAUACCAACAACAAUGAUAACCCAACCUUCAAAAGAAAUCAAGCUGAAGCUCGUGAAGCGGACGGAUUAA